UGUUAACAAAGGGUAAAUGGCUUUAAAUACCACGUGGUGGAUACAGAAUGUGAAGCAUUUUAUGUGUACGGAAUAACGUCAUUGGUAUUUACAACCGUUUACGAGAUAUCUACCAAUCAAAUAUUUGAUAGGAGUUUAUUCUGCGUCGUCUGCCUACAUAUUUAACACCUGUACUGUAUUCCUUAUCGGCAAAAUGCUGUCACCUGCAGACAAUUCUAUUCAAACACCAGGUAUUUCCGAAAAUGCUGAAACUCCCGAGUGCCUAAACCAAGAAUUAAUGAAAGAGAACCAGAGGGUCAUCGAAUGCGCAUCGCCAGUGUUGGUUACUGAAAGUGGUGAUCAAGGCAGCUCAUCUAAAUGCCAUACACCUAAUAUAGUGUCAAAUGAAAUGACAAGAGAGGAUAUCAUAUCGGCAGCGAAUGCACUCAUAGAUAAUCUCAAUAACAAACGGAAACGAGACACACAGCUCUUAGACAACUUCAAAAAGGCACUGGAGUUACAGGUUCAGAGGACAUGCACUAUGGUUGAAGAAAGGAUGUUUCAUGUUUACGAAGAGCAGGGGAAAGUGGUCCAACAAAAGCUUCAAGAACUGUUUGCUGGUAUAGAAAGGAUUGCGAAAACGGAGGCCGAGCUGGCAGAAUUCAGGGAGGCACUACGGCUAUUGUAUACUGAUAUCAACGCCUCUCCUGAAUGAUACAAACAUUUGUAAAAUUGCACAGAUAAAUGUGUUGUUGACAGUAUACAAUGAUAUACAUAGUUUCCAGUCUUCCAUGAGUCAGUGCACUCUGGGAAUCGUGCUUAAUUGGUUGUAUGUUACUUUAUAUUAUGUUUGGAAUUUGAUUGCAUUUUACGGAUGUGUCAGAAUGAAAACUCAGCGAAAUCAAUGGCAAUACAAUACUAUUUAGACACAAUCACUGCUCAACUGUCGGAAAAUGUUUAAGGUCACGUUUUGAUACGAUAAUACUAACAUGACGUCCCACAGACUACUGUACACGUAGUUCGCCUGUAAUCACGUAAUUUAUAUGUUCCAUAGGUAUAUCUCAUUGGGCCCAUUUCCAUAAAUUGAUAUUUAAUGCAAUAAAAUAAUAGCUAAGUUAAAUGAAUGCUGUCUUGAGUUUCCGAUGAACACAAUGUAGCAUGGUGUGGUAGUGUCAAAAAAAGUGUGUUGGUAUCGACUUUGUAUUCAGUUUGUAUUCAAUGUUGUUUUUUUUUUACAAUGAAUAAGCAAAAUAAAAAUAUGAAAAU